AGAAAACGCGUGUACCGAAAUCGCUGUACAUUGUUCUUAUGUCUGUGAAAGCUGGUUUAAGUGACUUUCUGAAUUAAGUGUUAAAUUAAACUGUUAAAGUUGUACAACCCAGAGUUUAAAACAGUUAGAUGUGCACUUCAGCGAAAACUAGUUAGCAAGUUAGCAGGCUAACGUUCCUCUCUGCUGAAUGUAAACAACAAACAUGAGAGAGAACCGGAGAGGAAGGAGAAGCCGGCACCAACACCACCAUCAUCAUAAUCCUCAUCAUCAUGGGUCUGACUGGACAACAAGUCACCAAUCUGGAUCAGCCAGCACAUCAGGAACAAACCCAAACUCAGAAUCAGACUCAGGAUCUUCCUCCACAUCCAGCACUUCAGCUCCAGAGUUGCCUGGCUUUUAUUUCGACCCGGAGAAGAAUCGCUACUUCCGGCUGUUGCCUGGUCACAACAACUGUAAUCCGUUAACGAAGGAGAUGCUGGAGAUGAAGGAGCAGGAGAAAAAGAGAAUGAAGCUGCUGGUUGAUGAUGAGCAUCCGAGGAAGAAAACUCCAAGAACUGGUCUGAACUCCACACUGCUGUUACAGAAGAGACAUCUGGGUGUGCUGCCUUCAAGCUCGUAUUGUAGACUGGUCCACGAGGUGAAGGUCAGUCAGAUGAAACGGCACAAACUGGAGGUCCAGAGCACCGACUCCACCAGCCCAAACGCGGACAACUUUCGCCUCAUUGUGGCGGACUCUGCUUGUGAGCGAGUCUUCACAGUGAACGAUGUUUCCCACGGAGGCUGCAAGUACGGCAUCAUGAACUUCAGCGGCUGCAAGAGUGGCUCCCUGUCUGUGAGGAUGUGUGAUAACCUGUACUUCACCAACCGCAAGGUGAACUCUGUGUGCUGGGCUUCUGUGACUCAUUCAGACUCUCAUGUUCUGUUGUGUUUGGUUGGAAUAUCCGAGACUCCAGGCUGUGUCAGUUUACUGCCUGCAUCUCUCUUUAGUAACUCCAAUCCCGACCAGCCUGGGAUGCUUUGCAGUUUCAAGAUCUCUACAGCGUGGUCAUGUGCCUGGUGUUUGAACCCACAGGCUGAUAAAAACUUCAGUACAGGUCUUUCGCGGAGUGUCAUUGUAACCGAUGCAGUAACAGGCCGAAGACAGACGUACAGCAGCAGCAGUGACGUUUUGACCCAGCAGUUUGCACUCCGAGCUCCGGUGCUGUUUAACGGCUGCCGCUCGGGAGAAAUCUUCAGCAUCGACCUGAGACAGAGGGGUCGAGGGCGGGACCACAGCUGGAAGACCUGCCGCUUCCGUCAGGACUCGGCCGUCACCUCGGUGCGGCUCCUGCAGGACGAGAACUACCUCCUCGCUGCGGACAUGCUGGGAAAGAUAAAGCUCUGGGAUGUUCGCGUCAGAAAAUCAGUACUGGAGUACGAAGGUCACCACAAUGAGUACGCCUAUCUGCCGCUUCAUCUGUGUGAGCAGGAGGGAUUGUUGCUAGCAGCGGGUCAGGAUUGCUACACCAGGCUGUGGAGUCUCGGAGACGGUCAUCUGCUCCGAACUAUUCCUUCCCCUCAUCCUGCCGGGAAAGAUUCCAUCCCCAACGUGGUGUUCUCCUCACGGCUCGGAGGCCGCAGAGGACUGCCCGGUCUCCUGAUGGCCGUCCGGCAUGAUCUCUAUCACUACCCGUACAACGAUUAUCAGGACGAAGCAGCAUCAGAAGCAAAGACCUAGCUGGUUCUUAAAUUGGUUUAGUUACUGGAGCUACAAGCUGGUCUGUAGUGUGGUGCCUGGUUAAUGGUUUGUAGGAGCAUUUUAUAACAUGUUUUAUGAUAUGUUCACGUUUUGGAGCAAACUUGGAGAAUGGGAUGCAUGGCUGGCACUGUGCAUGGUCUGUCUAACAUGCUAACCUUCCUCAAUACGUAGCAGAUUGAGGAAGGUUGUACAAUAGUGACCUCUGCUGUCUGACCAAAGCACCUGCAGUUGUGGUGGGGACGUUUGCAUAGUUCUAUACGUGUUACGGCUCUCUGCGAGACUCCACUACAAUCAGGUGAAAAGAUGAAGUUGGAGACUGCACACAGUGGACGAGGUACUUGCCUAGUAAUCAAAAGGUUGCUGGUUCACUGCCAGGUGUCCACUGUUGGAUCCUAAUUCUCAAUCGCUUGGAAUGUAUGUGGUCACAUUUGUGAGUCGCUUUGGAUAGAAGUUUAAGUAAACGUAAAUACGUGUCAGAGCAGCAAGAAAAUUGUAAUAGAGGAAUUAACGAUGAUUAGAUUGGGAGAAAAUAGGGAGAAAUGCAAAACAAGGAGAGAAAACUAAGAAAAUGGAUGUGUGCCAUACUGGUGAACCCUUCUAAAUGCUGUACAAAUUGUCAAUGUAAUGUGCCACAAGAGAUUAAAACCAGUUUAACCACAACCAAGUGGUAUGAA